CUCUGGCCCGGGCCCGGGCUGCGUGGAGAAGCGCUAGCGAUGCCGACUGGUGACUUCGACUCCAAGCCCAGCUGGGCCGACCAGGUGGAGGAGGAGGGAGAGGACGACAAAUGUGUCACCAGCGAGCUCCUCAAGGGCAUCCCCCUCGCCACCGGGGACACCAGCCCUGAGCCCGAGCUGCUGCCUGGAGCACCCCUGCCGCCCCCCAAGGAGGUGAUUAACGGCAACGUCAAGACAGUGACCGAGUACAAGAUGGAUGAGGACGGCAAAAAGUUCAAGAUCAUCCGCACCUUCAGGAUCGAGACCCGCAAGGCCUCCAAGGCCGUGGCCAGAAGGAAGAACUGGAAAAAGUUUGGGAACUCGGAAUUCGACCCUCCAGGCCCCAAUGUGGCCACCACCACAGUCAGUGACGACGUGUCCAUGACCUUUAUCACCAGCAAGGAGGAUCUGAACUGCCAGGAGGAGGAGGACCCCAUGAACAAGCUCAAGGGCCAGAAGAUCGUCUCGUGCCGUAUCUGCAAGGGCGACCACUGGACCACGCGCUGCCCCUACAAGGACACGCUGGGCCCCAUGCAGAAGGAGCUGGCUGAGCAGCUGGGCCUGUCCACCGGGGAGAAGGAAAAAUUGCCUGGAGAGCUGGAGCCCGUGCAGGCCGCGCAGAGCAAGACCGGCAAGUACGUGCCGCCCAGCCUGCGGGACGGGGCCAGCCGCCGCGGCGAGUCCAUGCAGCCCAACCGCAGAGCCGAUGACAACGCCACCAUCCGCGUCACCAACCUGUCGGAGGACACGCGGGAGACCGACCUGCAGGAGCUGUUCCGGCCCUUCGGCUCCAUCUCCCGCAUCUACCUGGCCAAGGACAAGACCACCGGCCAGUCCAAGGGCUUUGCCUUCAUCAGCUUCCACCGCCGGGAGGACGCGGCCCGCGCCAUUGCGGGGGUCUCGGGCUUUGGCUACGACCACCUCAUCCUCAACGUGGAGUGGGCCAAGCCAUCAACCAACUAAACCAGCCGCCAUGCUGCCGCCUCUGCUGCGGCUCCUGGGUCCCCAGACGGCGACAAGAAUGUGCCUUGCGACAGCGACAGACAGCGGGCAGUGGGGGGGGAGGGGGCAUUAAAAGUCUCCCGGCUGC